AUGACAGAAGCCGGCAGCGCUGCGCGUGCGCGGUAGGCGCGUGAAUGAGGAGCAUGGUUCGCCUCGACCGCAUCGCCCGCGCCGCUCUCCGUGCGGCCGACUCAGUGUCCGCUUGCGAUCCGAGCUAGCUUGUCGUGUUCGGUGUUUCUGUCACGUCAGUUUUUGCCGUCGCCGCUCGUCGCUAGCGGCCGUUCUACUACCGACAUAAGAUGCUUGCGUUCAGCGCAGUGGAUACCGUUUGUGAUACAGUUUUUCAAAGUGUUUAAAGUGGAUUCCGGACUAUACCAGGCCGUGGAGCACGCGCAGCGGCUCGAGCGCUCCCAGGCCAUGUAUGUCAUAAAUUUAGAGAUGGCGCACGAGAGUGCUAGCGGUGCGGAGGGCUCCCCCCACCACACGCCGUCGCCUCCCCACGUGCCACGCCUCCCCGCCGACACCAGCUUCCAUCACCAGAUCAUGCAGAAUCAGAGCCCGAGAAAGAAAGACCUCCAUAUAGCGGAGAGAGCGAAACAAACGUUAGAGAAUAAUUUCCUGUUGCAAUUGAAGAAACAGCAACAGCUCCAGCAGGAGAUCUUGUUGCAGCAUUUCCAGCAACAACAACAACAGUUAGCCGAGCAACACGAACAGCAAAUCAGGCACCAUGUAAAGUUAUGGGAGCAACAGAAAGCAAUGGAGGAGGCGGCGCUGCGGGAGGCGCGCGAGGCCCGCGAGGCGAGAGAGGCGCGCGAGCGGCACGAGCGCGACCGCGUCGAGCUGCUGCGGAAGAAGGAUAAGCACGAGCACAGUGCCAACGCUUCCACUCAAGUCAAACAGAAGCUGCAGGAGUUUCUAAAGAAAAAACAGGCCGCAGCAAAUGCCAAUGGAACAAUACCUCCAUCUUCACCGUAUAGGAAUUGGGGUAUCGUAAAAUCGUCAUCGGGAGAAUCAAUAACUUCCACGGGGGCUACCGCCACCGCUCACCCUUACAGACUCGCGGCGCCCUUGCCCCUGACGCUCAACGCUGCUCCCCCUCAACCCUCGCCCGCAGACUUUCCACUGAGGAAAACCGCGUCGGAGCCCAACAUGCUGAAGGUGCGGCUCAAGGCGCGCGUCAUAGAGCGCCGCGCCUCGCCGCUCGCGCGCCGCCCGCUCAAGACGCGCAUCAAGCACCGCAAUUGCGAGGGCUCGUCCCCCCGCGGCUCCCCGCCGGGCGCGGUGGCGGCUCCCAUCCGCGAGGAGGAGGAGGGCUCGCGCGCACCCGAGCUCCUGUUCUCGUCGCCCUCGCUCCCCAACAUCUCGCUGGGCCGCCCGCACGCCCUCGCUGCGCCGCGACACGCGCCCGCGCCGCCCGUCACCGUGGCGCUCCCGCCCGUCUCCGAGGCGGAGGCCUACUGCGGCGCGGCCGCUCUGGGCGCCCGGCUCAGCAAGCGCCCGCUCGGCCGCACGCACUCGGCGCCGCUGCCGCUCGGCGAUCCCGCCCUGCAGCCGCCCUCGGCGCACCACUACCUACGCGACCAGAUUCGCAAGACCGUGCUGACGCGCGCGCACGACGCCGCGACGGCGCAGCUGCGCGAGGAGGAGGGAGAAGUGAUCGAUCUGACGGCUCGACGAGCCGCCCCCGAGAGCUCGUCGAGCGCGGGGCCGGGCGCGGAGCCCCCGGGCGCCGCGCCGCUGGCCCGCGCGCUCAGCUCGCCGCUGGUCGGCGCGCGCGCGCCCGCCACGGGCCUCGCCUACGACGCGCUCAUGCUCAAACAUGGGUGCGCGUGCGGCGCCCACGCGCCCACGCACCCCGAGCACGGCGGGCGGCUGCAGUCGGUGUGGGCGCGCCUGUACGAGACGGGGCUGGCGGCGCGCACGGAGCGCACGCGCGCGCGCAAGGCCACGCUGGAGGAGCUGCAGGCCGUGCACACGGAGGCGCACGUGGCGGCGUGGGCGGGGCGCGCGGGCGCGGCGGGCGGCAAGGCGGGCGCCGUGCCGCUCGUGCGCCUGGCGUGCGGCGGGCUGGGCGUGGACGCCGACACGGCCUUCAGCGACACGCACACGCCGCCCGCCGCGCGCCUGGCGGCCGGCGCGCUGCUGGACCUGGCCGUGCGCACGGCGCGCAACGAGCUGCGCAACGGUUUCGCGAUAGUGCGGCCGCCGGGCCACCACGCGGAGCCGAACCAGGCGAUGGGUUUCUGCUUCUUCAACAACGUGGCCAUCGCCGCGCGCAUCCUCCACACGCGCCUCGGCCUGCAGAGGAUACUCAUCGUGGACUGGGACGUGCACCACGGUAACGGCACGCAGCAGAUAUUCUACGAGGACCCGCACGUGCUGUAUAUCAGCCUGCAUCGCCACGACGACGGCAACUUCUUCCCGGGCACGGGCUCCGCCAGCGAGUGCGGCGCGGGCGCCGGGCUCGGCUACACCGUCAACAUCGCCUGGCCCGGACACCCGCCGCUGGCCGACGCCGAGUACCUCGCCGCCUUCCGCUCCAUCGUCAUGCCCAUCGCCAAGGAGUACGACCCGGAAAUCGUUCUGGUGUCGUGCGGGUUCGACGCCGCCGGCGGACACCCCGCGCCCAUGGGCGGCUACAACGUGUCCGCCGCCUGCUUCGCGCACAUGACGCGCGACCUGAUGAGCCUCGCCAACGGAAAGGUGGUGCUGUCGCUGGAGGGCGGCUACGACCUGGCGGCCAUGUGCGACUGCGCGCAGGAGUGCGUGCGCGCGCUGCUGGGCGACCGGCUGGCCGCGCCGCCGCUGAGCGAGCUGGCGCGCACGCCGGCGCCGCACGCGCAGCGCGCGCUGCGGGCCGCCGCCGCCGCGCAGGCGCCGCACUGGCCGCAGGUCAAGCGCUACGGCGCGCUGGCCGGCGCGUCGGCGCUGGAGGCGGGCGCGGCGCGCGCGGGCCGCCUGCAGAGCGAGCGCGACGCCGCCGACACCGCGGCCGCCAUGGCCACGCUGUCCGUGCACCCGCCGCUGCCGCCGCAGACGCGGCCGCUGGCGCUCAGCCGCUCGGGCAGCUCGCGCUCGGUGUCGGAGGAGCCGAUGGAGCAGGACGAGGGCAAGUGAGCGCCCGGGGAGUCUCCGCCGCACAUUCCGCGCCCUCGUCGAGGCCCGGGGGGCCGAGCUCCGCCGCGAGAGGGGAGGCCGCCUCGCUGACGUGUUAUAUGUAUAUUACAUAGAGAGCGUCCGUUCGAUGUGAUUCAUAAUGAAUCGGUCGCCGUGAGACGGACGCGCGUGUAGGUGGUGAAAUUAAGACAAAUCUUAAUUUGAAAGCUUUAAAACGUAGAAAAAUUGUAAGUGUACAAAAUAAUAUUAAAUAUUUGGAUAUGCUUUGAGCGCGACCGCGACGGCUAGCUUUCACGCCGGCGAGUCGCCGUUCUCGAUCUGUCGGUAACUCGUUUCGAUCGACAUUCCGUCACGAACUUCGUAUUAUUGUCUAUGUCUAUACCAAAGACUUCAGAUUUGAAAAAUGUUAAAAAUAUAAUUGUAUCGUAAUCGUACUCGUUAACUGAACGUCCUCGUAGAAACUCGCUGCGUUAAAUAAUAUUACUUUCGAAUGAAACGUUGUGUCCCUGUAUCGUUGCGAUUUUAUAGCAAAGUCUAUAAACUAGAGUAUUUAUUAGCCCAGUAAAUAUUGUUAUUUUUGUAUGAAAAAGAGUUUACGAAUUGCCUGAUCGAAUGAAAGAUGUAAAUGUGAUGAAUUGUGUCCGUUCGUCCGUAAAGAGCUUCUCGUCUUGACCGAACGCGAUAUUUUAAUGAAUAUUGUCUAUAGAUGAAUUUUUAUUCGAUGAAACUAAUCGAUGUUGUGUCACGUACUCGUUCCUUAAGAUCGUAGUUUUCUGGAUAUUAUACGACGAUACCGUAAGCGUGUCGGACUUCGUCACCCACUCGCUGUCCGGAGACGCGAGCCGUCCUCGCGACACUCGUAUGUGUGGUUACAAUCGACAUAUAACUGCUGACCUUUUUCGUAAGUGUUAACGUCACAGAUAAUAAAUACACGUCGGGUACGUCACGCGUACACGGUGACGCCAGAUGUAAAUAUGCAGCCCUCGAUGAAACGAAAAAAAGCAAACUCGCGUACUCUAAGAUUCCUACCUACCAGCCGGCAUAACUUUACACGAUAGGAUAAUUUGUAGCGCAAUUGUAAUUUCAUCACAGUCGAGUUCAGUAAGGGCUCUCCGAGCGGCGGGUGAAAUGAUAUAUUUUUGUAAAGGCUGUCCACUCGCCGGCCGGCGGCUGCCCGGCGCCGGCGCGGGCGCAACGUACGUCGCGGGAUCCGAUCCCUGUACGAUAAACAGAUUUAAACAAUGUUGUAUCUUUGAGAGUUUUAUUGUUAAAUUGGAAUACAGAUGAAAUAAUUAUUUAAUAAAUGUAUAUAAUAUUAUAUAUAUAUUUGGAAAUA